AUGGAGACCACAAGUCAGGAGCGUCAUGACAGAAAGUCUAAUAAAUCUUCCGGUCUUUCAGCUUUGAUGGCUGCCUGUCAACAGGAUGAUGAGGCUGCAGUUAGAAUAAUUAUACAGGAAAAGCGACAUUUGGUGACUACUCGAGAUAAAAGUGGGAAAACAGCUCUUCAUUACUGUACAGGAAACAAAGACAUAACCUGUGCUGACUUCGUAUUAAAGACAGAACCAAGCCUGAUAAAUAAACAAGACGAAGAAGGCUACACAGCUCUUCACCUAGCGGUGAUAAGUGGAAAUAUAUUAAUGACAAAGUAUCUCAUUGACAAAGGUGCUGAUGUUAAUAGUGUAGACAACGAACUGCACUCUUGUGUCCAUUGGGCAACGGUGUGUGGUGAGCUCGAUUGUUCAGACAUCUUAAUAAAUGCUGGUGGUAACCCUAAUACACCCGACGUCCACGGGGCUUAUCCGAUCCACUACGCUUCUCAGAUGUGUGGGCCUGACAGUGACAUGGGUAAUAAUGUGACGCUAGGCCUUUCUGUCCUGCACAAGCUUUUGGACAGAGGUGUGGCCGUUGAUGUGCAAGACAAAGAUGGCCGUCAACCGUUACUGUGGGCAGCGAGUGCAGUAAAAAUGAAUUAUUCCUCAGGAAGCAGUGACGCCAUUGUUGCCUUGGUGAAUGCUGAUGCUUCCGUGAUGGCUGAAGACAAGGACGGCUUGACAGCUCUACACUGUGCAGCUAGCCGGGGUCAUGUGGGUUGUGUGGAGACCUUGAUUAAUUUGUGUGGUGCUGAGGUUGACACUAGCGACAAUAAUGGAUGUACAGCUCUGUUCUACGCCGUCACAUUAGGUUACGCUGAUUGUACACAACUAUUGUUACAAUAUGGCGCUGAGCCUAAUCUACAAGACCGAAAAGAAAGAACAGCUGCUCACUGUGGAGCUGCGAAAGGCCAACUGGAGACUUUAAAGAUCCUGGGAGCCAAAGGUGGAAACCUGUGGAUGACCAACAUGCGUGGGGACAUACCGCUACACGAAGCUGUCCAGUCAGGCAGGAAAGAUCUUGUGCUGUGGUUGCUUUCCUUGAAGCCCAGCGCCGUCAAUGCUCAAAAUCAUAAUGGCCGAACAGCACUUCAUAUUGCGGCCAUCACUGACAACAUAGAAAUCUGCAACAUUCUUUUGGACUACAAAGCCAACAUCAACGCCGUCUUGCGGACAAACAAAGGUCAGCUAAUGACUCCAUUAGACGUAACCUUGCGGAGAGGUAAUAAAAGUUGUGCAAAAUACCUUCAUCUACACGGAGCACUACCAGCCAGUAGACUACUAGAGAACAAGGAUAUUAUUCGCUCAUUUGGCCCUUGGAAGAAGCUCCGAAUCAACGAAUUACACCAGCUAAAGGAAACUUGUCUUCAGUUGGAAUCAGUUUGGAAUCGAGUUUUGAUGAGAAAAGGACACGAUCAGAGUCCGUGCAGACUGACAUGA